CGCGGCUGCACGGACACCCUUAUCGCUGGAAUACUUUCUGCUUCAACCGGGAAUGGCUGGAUGUGUCAUUUAGCCUAUUUGGAUUCAUCCCGACAAUAUAGUUUUCCCUGACUUUGUCCAGCUCUCGGCAAACCUUCGGGCUUGUUUGUGGUUCACGCGCUGCUCUGGUGUCUGUCUCGGCAAUCUAAAGCUGAUCUUUGAGUUUGAAUGUUACUGCGAUUUUUGUACUCCAAUGACUGAGGGAGGAAUCAACGGGAGACUUUGUUCUCCGUCCCGCGCCUCUUACACGGCGACCGUCGGGUAAAGUUCGUCUUCUUCAGUCUAACGAGAAUCCAACCUCUUUCUGGGAUUACUUAUUUGCUGGAUUUAUUUGUAAAACAUGAAGACUUUCAUUGUUGAAGGAGGUCGCCUCCUCUGCCUGGUUUUAUGGCUUAACCUGGUGCCAGUGAUGAAUGGCUGCCCGGCGAAGUGCGUGUGCUACAGUGAGCCGAGGCCAACUGUGGCCUGUCAACAGCAGGGUCUAUUCUCCAUUCCCACUGAGAUUCCUGUCCAUUGCCAGCGAAUAUUCCUUCAGAGCAACAAACUAACAGUGGUCAGAUCAACCAGCUUUAGUUCCGUGCAUAAUCUUACUGUCCUGUGGAUGUACUCCAAUAAUAUCAGCCAUAUUGAGGCGGGAGCCUUCUAUGGGUUGGAAAGACUGGAAGAAUUAGACAUUGGCGACAACAGCAACCUUCGGAUCAUAAGUCCCACUGCAUUUCGAGGCCUGACCAAGCUGCAUACCCUUCACCUGCACAGGUGUGGUCUGUCCGAACUCCCAGUUGGAGUUUUUCGAGGACUGUUCUCACUUCAGUAUCUCUACCUGCAGGAUAAUAACCUUCUAGCCCUGCACGGUGACACUUUCCUGGACCUGGCUAACCUCACCUACCUAUUCUUACACAACAACAAAAUUAAGGUGGUGACCGACAACAUGUUGCGAGGUCUGAUCAACCUAGACCGUCUGCUCCUACAUCAGAACCGCAUCAUACACGUGCAACAGCACGCUUUCAAUGACCUUGGCAAGCUGACCACCUUGUUUCUCUUUUACAACAACCUCACUAUGUUGACUGGUGAGGCCAUGAACCCUCUGGUGUCCCUCCAGUACCUAAGGCUCAACGGAAACCAAUGGAUUUGUGACUGUCGAGCCAGGCCAUUGUGGGACUGGUUCAAACACUUCAAAGGGUCCAGCUCAGAGUUGGAAUGCCACCUUCCAACUACUCUGAAUGGGAAGGACCUGAAACGACUUAAAAGUGAUGACUUAGAGGGUUGCGUUGACACUCCAUCGCAGGUUCAAACAAGCAUCUUCAACACCAAGACACAUUCUGGAAAAUUCCUCUCACUGGAUGACCCUCUGGUAGAAAGCAUUCCCAGGUGCUGUCUUUCAGAUAAUGACAAAUCUUCCAUCAUCUCCAGUAAAUCACUCCCCGAUCCCUCAUCCUACAACAGUCGUCAGAUCACCAACAACCCCCUGAAAGAGAAAGAGAACAUUUCCAAGACUAAGUACCGGGAGGUUGAGCGAGUAAAAAAUGACACUCGUAAUAAGCAAAGUCUCAACGAUGGUCCUUUGGGAACCUUGUCAAACAACCUUGACCAAUCCCUGGACAAAAUCAACCCAGAGCUUCUGGAUAAUCUGGAACCAUCUACAGCACCCUCUAGAAAGAAAAAAAAGUGUUCCAAAAAGCCCAAAUCAGACCAGUCAUGUAUAAAAGGUCACGGAUCCACCAAUCAAGCACUGGGUCUUCUGUUUUUCCCCAUGUUCUGGUUGUCCCUGGCCUUGUCCUAGUUUAUACACUCAACCAUCAGUUUGCUCUUGAUAAUGACACAAAAUACCUGCAGUAGCCUAUGUGGACAGGCAAAGACAAUGAAAAGGGGGAUAUGACAUUGCCCCGCAUGGUUGAGUAUGAAUAAGUUACAAUGCUGAAGAUGCAUUAAAAGAAAUGGAUGCCUUUACAGAAUAAAUGAGAUCUAAUGUAUAUAAAACUUGGUGCCCAAAUGUUUGUUCUACUCUAUGUACUUUUAAUGUGCUGUGUUUAAGCAACACUGCAGAGAGUUCUCUAUACCCAUCACCUCAAAAAAGCUUCAACCGAUCAGAAAGUGACAAUUGUAGAUGAACCACUAAAAAAAAUUCCUUAAACCAUAACUAAAUAAGAAAGCGCCAAAAGCACCCAGGAAUGUUUCAGUGACAUGAUUUUGUUCCCGAUAUUUUUUUUUCUUUAAAAAGUCAUACAUUUGUUCUAUGCUGUUUUUUUAUAUACGUUUUUCAGUAAAGACAUAUGGUUAUCUCUCCCCAAAUACGUGCUAUGUUCUGUUUGCGUCAUGAUACAGACUACAGGUGGCAUUUGUUGAAGGAAUGCUGUCUAUUUGUUCACUGAAAUUGCAAAGGAAUCAUAGAUAUGCAUUUUAUUUUGCUGGUGUACAAGCAUAAAUAUAUGACAAAUAAAAUAUCUCAUUUUU